AUGCAGAAGAAUUUCUUUACACAGCAAAGACUCUUGGAAGAAAGUGACUCACAGUAUAAAUCACCGUAUAACCAUAGAAAGUACUUAAAUGAGAAUGAGAAAAAAUUACUUCUGAAUGACUGCUCAUUAUACCUUGAUGAACUUGUAGGAAUACCAGAGAAUAUUCCAUUUAUACACGAUUAUACUGAUUUACACCCGAUUCUUACAAUAAGUGAGGUAGAAGACCUUGUUAAUACAUUUGAAGUGAACCUUAGUGUACAGAACAGGAUAAGCCCAAGUACUCUUAAAAGUACGGAUAAUCCUGUAAAGUGUGCUAAUUGUACACUUAUGAGUAAUAGAGUAUCCAAUGAGAGUGUAAGUGGCAAACCAAGCAGGAAUCCACCGAUGGAGAAUUCAUCAUUUUCAACUGCUAAAGAUCUUUUACCGCCUGAGAUAAGUGAUAAACUGCCUAAAAAGACAAAACCAUCGGAGAAGGAAGAAGAAUUAGACAAAGCAACGAAUCUGGAUAAGAAAUUCUUGGAGAUAAUAAGGAAUGAAGUUUUAUCACCAAGGGAUAAAGUGGACUGGACGGAUAUUGCAGGACUACCACAUAUAAAAACAGCAAUUAAAGAAAUUGUAGUGUGGCCCAUGAUACGGCCGGAUAUUUUCAAAGGGUUAAGAGGGCCACCUAAAGCACUCCUCUUAUUUGGACCACCGGGGACAGGUAAGACAAUGAUAGGUAAAUGUAUUGCAAGUCAGUCACAGUCGACAUUCUUUUCAAUUAGUGCAUCUACACUCACAUCAAAAUGGGUGGGUGAAGGUGAGAAAAUGGUACGUGCACUCUUCUCUGUUGCAACUGAAAUGGCCCCUUCUGUUGUAUUCAUUGAUGAAAUUGACUCUCUCCUCAUGCAAAGAACAGAAGGAGAGAAUGAAAGUACCCGGAGAAUAAAAACAGAAUUCCUUGUACAAAUGGAUGGAGCAAAACAGAGUAAAGAUAAUGUCCUGGUGAUUGGGGCUACAAAUAGGCCACAGGAAAUAGAUGAAGCAGCAAGAAGACGGUUUGUAAAGAGACUGUAUGUACCACUCCCGGACAAAGAAGGUAGAAAGGAGAUGGUCAAGAAGAUAGCCAAGGAUAUUUGUACACUCUCAGAUACGGAAAUAAAUGACUUAUCUGAGAAAUUAGAAGGAUAUUCUGGGUCUGACAUAUACAACCUGUGCAGAGAAGCAGCGAUGGAACCCGUCAGAGAAAUCACAGAAUUAGAGAACAUGCAGACACUCCGGGGGAUUCUUAUGAAAGAUUUCAUUUCUGCUAUGAAACACAUUCGGAAAAGUGUUUCAACAAAAGAACUCGUUUUUUAUGAAGAGUGGAAUAAAGAAUUCGGUGCACUUGCUAAAUAAGGAAA